GUUUGUUGCCACUGCCCGUUCAGCUGAAUGGUGGGAAUUUACGUGGCUGAGUUCGAUCACUAGGGCAGCAGGGGGUGGCAGCAGGGGGUGGCAUAAGAACCAGGUGAUGGCCCAAACCAGGCCUGGGUCCUCGCUGAUGCCAUAGUAGACUGUGGUCAUCAUGUCCAUCAUAGUCAACCUCUUUCUGGGGCUCGCUGGCCUCUAUCUUCUGCAAUGGGCGCUUGGGGAUCGAAAGAAACAGGCACCUCUCCCACCGGGGCCGGCCUCAAAACCUAUCAUCGGGAAUCUGUUGGACCUACCGCCGCCAGGCACCCUAGACUGGUUGCAUUGGCUCAAGCAUAAGGAACUUUAUGGCCCGAUUAGCUCUGUCACGAUCUUCGGACAGACACUUAUCAUCAUCAACGAAUCUCAGGUCGCGGUCGAUCUCAUGGAAAAACGGUCGGGAUUGCAUUCCUCUAGACCUCAUCUGCCUAUUGCAGAAAUAACCGAUUGGCAGGAUACACUGGGGUUGCUCCCAUACUCGAACCGGUUUCGAGCGUAUCGGAAAGCUUUGCAUCAGGAGAUGGGCACCGUUACUGCAAUUUCAAAAUAUCACAGGGUUGUUGAUAUGGAAACCCAUCGACUGCUAUUCCGGGUACUUCAAAACCCAGACGACCUGAUUCAGCAUAUCAGGAAGGAAGCAGGUUCGAUCAUCCUGAGGAUUGGAUACGGUUAUAUCAUCGAACCAGAUGCGCGUGACCCUCUGAUUGACCUGGUGGACAAGGCGAUGGAAGACUUUUCGCAGCUGGUCCUUCCCGGGGCUUGGUUGGUGAAUUUUAUCCCAAUGUUGAAAUACCUCCCGAGCUGGUUCCCUGGUGGAGGCUUUCAUGAAACCGCAAAAGCGUACAAGAAUAGGGUAACAGCGAUGAAGGAUUUGCCCUACGCGUUUGUUCAACAACAAAUGAAGCAGCACCGCAAUAUACCCAGCUACGUGUCAAGGCUUCAUGAACAAGGCCACGUGGAACUGGGCUCGGAAGAGGAAAUAGUGGCCAAGUGGUCUGCUCAAUCACUUUAUGGGGGAGGCGCGGAGACAUCCGUCUCUUCGCUAGCGUGCUUCUUUCUCGCCAUGACGCUCUAUCCAGAUGUCCAGAAGAAGGCCCAGGCGGAAAUUGACCAUGUGGUGGGCACUGGCCGUCUACCCGGCUUCUCUGACCGUGACAACCUCCCUUAUAUCAAUGCUGUCGUGAAGGAGGUUCUCCGAUGGCACCCGGUGACCCCGUUGGGGGUCUCACACGCAUCCAGUGAGGAUGAUAUGUUCCAGGGCUAUCUGAUACCCAAGGGCGCAAUCUUGGUUCCAAAUAUCUGGGCAUUUGCUCAUGAUCCUAAUCGAUAUCAUGAUCCCAUCGAGUUCAAGCCGGAGCGCUUCCUAGGGGAAGAUGGUCGAACGCCCGAAUAUGAUCCACACUUGCUCUCAUUUGGUUUUGGGCGCCGGAUUUGCCCAGGACACCACCUGGCUUCAGCGAAUCUCUACCUGGCUAUUGCACGAGUGUUGGCGGCGUUCACCAUGAGCAACGCGAUCAGAGAUGGGAAAGAGGUCCCGGUCCAGGCAGAAUUCUUGACGGGGGUCAUCAGUCACCCGGCCCCAUUCGAGCUCAGCAUUCAGGUCCGCAGCCCCGAACACGAGGCUCUCAUUCGAGCGGUUGAGAAGAUCUUUCCGUGGGAGAAGAGCCACGCCGAGGAACUUGCACAUUCAACCGCCUGAAUUGUGUUAAGAGAGGAUUAGAACGCGUCCCAUGCGGAGGAGUACGUCUGGUUAGGAUUAUAUGUAUACUUUCUCAUAGCUGUAGACAAGCCAAGACAGAGUAUCCAAGCACCCUUCGCGAUUCCUCGCGUGCUCGGUGUGAUUCUGACCACUCUAUACAUCGCAUACUCCAUCUAAAGUGUACACUAGUUACUCCACCCUUGGUGCAAUCUUGGAAGAGAAAUGACAGGCUUUCAUGAUGUCAUUCUACAGCCUUU